AUGGUGGAGGAAGGCUUCGCUGCUUUGGACCCGGACAGCGUCGGGCAGAUGAUGUGGCACAUUGGGAAAGCUGUGGUCACAGCCGCGGUCAUACUAAUCAUGAUGUUGGGUUUGGCUGCUUUCAAAGGUCACAAGUCUGUACGACUCGGCAAAGCAGGCUCCAGUGUGUCCUUGCACGUGUGGGUGACUCUUCUGUUGCCCAAUGCGGUGAUGCAUGCCUGUGGAGGUUUGCUGAUCGUCGCCGCGCCGCAGUACAUUGUGUCUGCUGGCAUGGGCGGUGCGGGCAGUGCUGGUCUGGUCGCUGGCAGCUUCGGCUUGGGUCUGGUCUUUGCGAACCUGGUUGCCUUCAAACUCGGAAGUGUGCUCCAUCCCUGGCUGAUGUGCAUCGUGGCUGCCUCGACGGGCUUGAUGGGCGUAGUUCUUGGUGGGGUGCUCACUGAGCCCCAGCUGCGCCUCUACGGCCUGACAGGGGCUGCAGGCCUCGUGGGCUUUGCCCAGUCCCUGCAUGUAGUCGCCAGAACCUUCUACCAGGCAGAAGAAGUGAGAGAUGGGCAGGCCUUCGUGUCAGGCUGGGUGAGUGCCUCCAACAUUGUUGGCAUCGCAGCGGCUGCCUUCGUGACCUCCUUUGUGGACUGCACGGUUUACACCAACCUCGGCUUCUUGUGCGGCGGGGGCUUCUUGCUCUACGCCGGCCUGAUCCUCCUGCUAACCUGCAGCAGCGCACUGCAGGGCCGGAAGAUGCAGAAGCUGCACCACGAGUCUGCAGAGUCCGAGGCGUCAACACCGACCGAGGCGGAGGACCUCGAGGCUGCGACAUUGCCAGCACCGCAGAAGCAGAGUGAAGCCGGGGCCCACGCUGCCACUCAAGGCACUUUGCCAACCUUGCCAGCGGUACCAGCCUCAAGCCAGAAUUCAUCGAGGCUCGCAUGGAUCUCGUGGCAGUUCGCAAAGGUCUGCUUCCUCAUCUUCACGAUGGCCAUCGCCAGGGAGGCUCAGAAGUUCUUGAUUCCCCUGAUUGGCGCCGAGAAUGAGAUCUCCACGAGCUUCGUGGGCAACGUGGCCUUCAUGUCGCAGAUGGAAUCUCUGGUCGCUGCGCCCUUGGGUGGUUUGUUGAUGGAAUGCCUUGGCAUCCUUCCGCUGGUCUUGGUCUCCGUGCUGCUGUCCGCUGUCGGAAUUCAGGUUCUUUGCAUGCCAGGGAUGGGCUUCUAUGUGCAGGGGGCCAGUCUCCUGGGCCUUGCCUGCGGCCUGAGCGCCGGUGCGGCCAUUGCCCUGUCCAUCCUGCAUGCACCCAAAGAACGCAGCAAGAGCUUCAUGAACGGCUGCCGCUUCUUCAACUCCUCUGCGGACGUUGUGAUCCCCCUUGUCGUCGGGUCCCUCGCCAGCUCGUCUGGGGUCUUGGUGGCCGGAAGCACCUUGACGCUGUCCAUGCUUGCGUCCGUCUGCGUUGCCCUCUUCUCCUUCGAGCUGCAACUAAUCCUACCAGAUUCCAGGAAGGACGUGCGGGUACCCUCCAUGGACUUCGUGAUUCCGCUGAAAGCCAUGGGGCCCUUCACACGCACUGUCCUCGAGGGCAUCUUUUCACACUAUGCUCCCAGGCAUAUCUACAUUGUCUGCCGGCAAGAGGCAAGGAAGGCCGUCUCGCAGGCCAUGGUGGAGUGGAGCCUCCCGCGCGGCAAGAUUUCCUUCGUCGACGAGGAAUCCUACUUCCAGAAGACCCUAAACUUCAGCAGAGAGGAUCUGAAGCAGGCUUGGAAGGGAACGAAGAGCCCGCGCGACUUCGGCUGGUGGUGGCAGCAGCUCCUAAAGCUGGGAGCGGGGCAGUGCAUUGAGGGGAUCUCUGAGAACUUCUGUGUGUGGGAUGCGGAUCUGAUUGUGCUCGAACCUUGGCCGCUGACAAAUCCCAACAGCACGCAGUGCUACGUCGCGCCACUGCAGGAGAAGUACCUUUCUGAUAGGCAUCAGGAAGCCUACGAUUCGAGCACCCGGCAUAUCCUCAAGAUGGAGCCCACUCAGCCGUGCAAGGGAGGAACCUGGAUUGCACACCACAUGGUCUUCAACAAGGGGGUUCUGUGCCAGAUGCUGGAUCUGAUUGAGACCAACCUUGGCACGGACUGUGCAGAGGCUUGGCCGCUAAAGAUCCUCGGCAUUGCCGAGGGCUUCGAGCGUGUCUCCGAAUAUGUCCUCUAUGGGACCUAUGCCAGCCAAAGUGUCUUGAGAGCGCACCCGUACCAGACGUAUGGAGCCCGAGGUUUGCGCCUCUAUGGCCGAGAGGAAGCUCUGGCGAAAGGCCGCGAUAGCAACGAGUUCUUAAUCGAAAGCUUGAAUGCCGAAAGCAAGCCUCUCACCGGCUACUCCUACCAGAGGGUGGCGGGAGAGGUGGCACCUCUCCACUUGACGCACCUGCAGAUGGAGCAUGUAUAG